AUGGCCCCUGGGAACCACAGCCGCGUGUCCGAAUUCAUCCUCCUGGGCCUGUCCGAAGAGGCAUUUCUGCAGCCCCUCCUCUUCUGGGUCUUCCUGUCCCUCUACCUGGUCACGUUCUUCGGGAAUCUGCUCAUCAUCGCGGCCAUCCUCUCGGACCCGCGCCUGCACACGCCCAUGUACUUCUUCCUCUCCAACCUGUCCCUCGCCGACAUCUGCUUCACCUCCACCACCGUCCCCAAGAUGCUGCUGAACCUCCAGACCCAGAGCCGGACCAUCACCUUCGCGGGCUGCCUGAGCCAGAUGUUCUUCUUCCUGCUUUUCGGGGGGCUGGACCACUUCCUCCUGACCACCAUGGCCUACGACCGCUUCGUGGCCAUCUGCCACCCCCUGCACUACACGGUCCUCAUGAACCCCCGGCUCUGCGGGCUGCUGCUGCUGGCCUCGUGGGCACUGAGCGGCCUGGACGCCGUGGUCCACAGCCUCAUGGUCCUGCGCCUGAAGUUCUGCCCUACCGUGGAGAUCCCCCACUUCUUCUGCGAGCUCAAUCAGCUGCUGCGCAUGGCCUGCUCGGACACCUUCCUCAACGAGCUGGUCAUCUACUGUGCCGCCGGCCUCCUGGCCAUCAUCCCCCUCACCGGCAUCAUCUACUCCUACUCCAAGAUCGUGGCGUCCGUUCUGCAGAUCGCCACGGCCAGCGGCAAGGCCAAGGCCUUCUCCACCUGCGGCUCUCACCUCUGCGUGGUCUCCCUCUUCUACGGCACCGGCCUGGGUGUCUACCUCAGUUCGGCCGCCACCCGGAACCCCAGGGACAGCGCCGUGGCCUCGGUGAUGUACACGGUGGUCACCCCCAUGCUGAACCCCUUCAUCUACAGCCUCAGGAACAAGGACAUAAAGCAGGCCCUGGUAAAGCUGUGGAGCUGA